CUAGCUUCACGAAUCAAGGCUGUGAGAAUUUUCAAGAACAUUCGCUGGACUCCAACUCGCGAUUCCUUCCACGAUUCCGUUAACCUUCGACCAACCCUCGUUCUAGACUGGAACCUCGGUUGAUCCUACUGCAAUCAUUGCACCCUCGAAGGAGGGCGAGGUCUACAUGUUCGUUUCGCGCUCGGUGCGCACGAAUUGCUGAGUCCAUACAUAUGUUUAGCUAGGAGAGUUGAAAGUUGCACCGGAUUAGAAAUUCAUGGAGAUCCGGGCUACAUCGUCGUGAACAUGAUGAGUCCUCGGAUCGUGCGUCGCAGGAUUCACCUUCCCCCUCUUAUGACAUUCUAAUAUCCGAUGUGUCAAGUGGAAUCGAAUAUCAGAUGGAAGUGGAUUACAAGCUGUCCCUACCUCCUACCACCAUCCCGGAAGAAUCAAUCCAGCAUGAAAGGUGGAGGUCAUGGAAAAUGAAUCCUCGUCUCUUUGAGGUUGAGAAGGUCAGAUUUGAUCCACCUAUAUUCUCCGACCACGUAUAUUACCUGUAUAUCGAGAAAGCUGAGUCAAAUCCAUAUACUGACCUAUUACCUGUCUUAGGUUUCAAAUACAAAUUGGACCCUAUGAAGGGGAAUGUGCCGUGCCCGUGCCCGUGCCCAUGUCUGAAACUGUGCUUCCGUGUUAGCUGUACAUUAGGAGGGAGAUGAUGGCAUGUCUUCUAUUAAUGAACCAAUCCAAGCCCACCAGUAGGUAUGCAACACGUUAUGUCGGACGGCUUUUAAUCACCUUUCCUGAUUAUAUGAUUCUCACGCUGCAUCUCGCGGUCUGUGAUCAGAUUCCUCUAAAUUCGUUCACCGAAAAUUGGGUCACAUGUCAACCCUCUUCUUUUGUGCUGACGGUUUAGAAUUUCCCCUAAUCAGACGCACUCCCUCAGGCGAUCUAAGCUUCAGAUGGAUACUCUAGGUACGGUGCUCAUUGGAAGUGGGUGACCCAAAUUGUGGGCUACAAAAGUGCAUGAGAGGAGAGAAGAGGAGGCAGGGCCUAGUGGAUUAUGAGAGGGCACCUCUUGGAAGAAAUCUGUGUUGUGAAGCCAAAGAAAGCAGAUCGAUUUCUUCGCCUGUGGGGCCUCCUGACUGAGAACUGCUGUAUGAAAAAAGAAUUGGAGAUUUUGUGAAGGAGUCCCAGCAGAAGGAGGACCGAGCGCGGGGAGGACGGUGCAGGAUCGCACUCGGAUGAAAGGCCCGCGUCAUACGUGCGGUGGAGCUGACCGAGCCUCCCAGUUCGACCGUGCUGCAAUCGCUCAAACUACAACUCGGACAAGAAGAACAUCACUCGUGAUGGCGGCAACUUGCUGCUGUCAUAUUCCCGCAUAUAAAGCGCAGGUUGGAGAAAAGAAGGCCCAGGUUGGCCAGUUCCAAAUGCUGCUGGCUGCAACCGUCUCCGAUCAAACCUUCUUGUAGUCGCGUGUGUCACGUCUCUGAAUAGAUCGGAUGAAAUCUCAGAUCCUGAGAUGAAGAAACCUGGCAGCUGAAACUUGUGGGCACUGAUCUGGAGGUUGUUCGUCAUUCGUUUCUCGUUUACGAGAUUCGAUAUUGUUCUUUAGAGUUUGGUUAAUUUCCAGAAGCGCUCAAAGGCAUGCAAGUCAGCACCCCAAGAACAUAUGUUGCGGACAUUGUUAGCACUUACCAAAUUUCAUGAAACACGGUGUGAUUACAUUUGGUGAGCACUGAUAGCAGUGAAAAUCAUUGCACUAUCUUGGUCUUUUGAAAUCUAUUCAACUGCAUAAUAAUCUACCAGAUUUGUUACACCGGAUGGACAGCAAGCGAUAUAAGCACGUUCAUCACUAGAGGAUGACAGGCAUUCCCGUUCAUUUUGCGCCGUUCGUCGUGUUAGUUUGCAUGUCUCCAGGAGCAGGCC